UUCGGGGGGGGAUAGGGGGGUAGGGGUACCGGGGAAUAGGUGAGCGGGCCUGAGGCGGGGGCGGCCGGCGCCAUGUCGAGGCAAGCGAAUCGAGGCACUGAGAGCAAGAAAAUGAGUUCUGAGCUUUUUACCCUGACCUAUGGAGCUCUGGUCACCCAGCUUUGCAAGGACUACGAAAAUGAUGAAGAUGUGAACAAACAGCUGGACAAAAUGGGCUACAAUAUUGGUGUCCGAUUGAUUGAAGAUUUCCUGGCUCGGUCAAAUGUUGGCAGAUGCCAUGACUUUCGGGAAACAGCAGAUGUUAUCGCCAAGGUAGCAUUUAAAAUGUACCUGGGCAUCACCCCGAGCAUCACCAACUGGAGCCCUGCUGGUGACGAAUUCUCCCUGAUCUUGGAAAACAAUCCUCUGGUCGAUUUCGUGGAGCUUCCUGAUAACCACUCAUCCCUCAUUUAUUCCAAUCUCCUAUGUGGGGUGUUGAGGGGAGCUCUGGAAAUGGUCCAGAUGGCAGUGGACGUGAAGUUUGUUCAGGACACACUGAAAGGAGACGGGGUAACAGAAAUCAGGAUGCGAUUCAUCAAGCGAAUUGAGGAUAAUCUCCCUGCAGGAGAAGAGUAAUCAUUCCAGGGGCAGUGGAGCUGACCAGCUGGGGCACCUGCUAAAUCUCAACCCUCCCAGGGUUGUAAAAUCAAAGUGCCCCCACCUUAGAGAACUCAGUGACUCUUUAAGAUGUUAUAUAUUCUUCUAAUCUUGUUUCCAUUUUCCAUGCUAAUAAAAAACAGACUUGUGUGAUAUAUUCCAUUUAUCUCACAAGUGUGUGCUACUGAUCUCA